CCGCUCCUCCCCGCGGAGCAGGCGCAGAGCGUUGGGGGAAGAUGGCGGCUGUGGCGGCGCGGCUGUGGCGGCGCGGGGUGCGCGGCCCGUGUGUGUCCGGCGCCGGGCGGUUUUUCAGUCGCGGCCCAAAUGUGCUGCAUCAAGACAGCAGUGCACCACAAGCUGCAUUCUUCUCACCUCUUCAAAAAGUGAUGUUGCCACCAAAUACCUUCCAAGGGAAAGUGGCCUUUAUAACUGGUGGAGGUACUGGGCUUGGCAAAGGGAUGACAACAGCUUUGUCUAGUUUAGGUGCCAAGUGUGUUAUAGCAAGCAGGAAGCUGGAUGUUUUGAAAGGAACAGCAGAUGAAAUUUCUUCUAAAACAGGGAAUAAGGUUCACGCCAUCCAGUGUGAUGUGAGAGAUCCAGCUUCAGUUAAGAAUGCUGUUGCUGAAACAAUCCAAGUGGCAGGACAUCCUGAUGUUGUGAUAAAUAAUGCAGCUGGUAACUUUAUUUCCCCUUCUGAACGACUUUCUGCUAAUGCCUGGAGAACAAUAACUGAUAUUGUACUUAAUGGUACUGCUUUUGUAACUCUGGAAGUUGGAAAGGAGCUCAUUAAAGCACAAAAAGGAGCAGCAUUUCUGGCUAUUACAACAAUUUAUGCAGAGAGUGGUUCAGGAUUUGUGUUGCCGAGUGCCUCUGCCAAAGCUGGUGUAGAAGCAAUGAGCAAGUCUCUUGCGGCUGAAUGGGGUAGAUAUGGCAUGAGAUUCAAUGUGAUUCAACCAGGUCCAAUAAAAACAAAGGGUGCUUUUAGUCGCCUUGACCCAACAGGUGCAUUUGAGAAGAAGAUGAUUGAGAGGAUUCCCUGUGGUCGUCUGGGAACUGUAGAAGAAAUUGCAAAUCUUGCUGCCUAUUUCUGCAGUGACUAUGCAAGCUGGGUUAAUGGAGCAGUUAUCAGAAUGGAUGGUGGAGAAUUUGUUUCCAUGGCAGGAGAAUUCAAUGAUUUGAAGAGGGUUACCAAAGAGCAGUGGGAUAUGAUGGAAGCAAUGAUUAGAAAAACAAAAGGCUCCUAAAGUACAUAACUUUAUGGUGGAGAUUCUUGGAAAUGAACCACUACUUUUUCAUUAAUAUUUAGAAAUAACCAAUUGAGAAAUAGCCUUCAGAAUUUUUUUAUGCUAAUUUCAAUAAAAUAUUUUGAAAUUGUUGUAUUUUGAAUAUAGUUUGUAUGUUUUUCCUAUCUAAAAUCUAUUCUGUUGCCAGUAGUGAAAACAGGUGGUCACUAAUAUUUUUUAUUCUUUAGACUGUCUUACAUAGCCAUGCCAUGGUCUACCAUCAGCCUUUUUUAUCUUUCUGAGGAUUUUUUUUUCUCAGAUAUAUAAAAAUGUCUCUUAGUAUUGUAAUACCAAUAGCAUUUCAGUGCUAUCAUAACUGAAUGUAAUCAUUAAUGUGAAGAGAGAAACAAAAUAUUAAAUCCUAAUCUUCACAGUUCAAUAAGAAGUUCUAAACUUGCAAAUACAGUUUCAUGUUAUUAGCAGCACUACAUACACUGAGAAAGGAUGUAACUCCUGGGGUUACUUAGGAAAUCUUGAAAUGCAUAACACAUCUUGGUCUUAUCUUUUGUGACAUUUUCAGUCUGCUAAUUAUCUUAUUCUGAACUUUAAAAAUGGCAUUUAAGGACCUGCAGGGCCUUUCUAAGGAGCUUGCUCUUUGUCAUGAUGAAGUUAAUGUUAUUGAAAAUGAGAAACCACAAAUCAUUUCUUAUUAUAUAUGUGUGACUAUGGCAGCUCUCCAUAAAAAGUGGUUUAUUUAAGACUGUUAAAGGAAUGUUGGUAAAUUGGGACUGAAAGUGUUGAAACCUCAUUUGUUGAAAUUUACAAAAAAUCCUUAGGUUUCGUUUGCAUUCACAGGCUGGUACUAAAGAAAUAUUUAGAUGGCAUUACCUCUGAAUCUAGUCAGUUUAUCCCAGAUAAGCAGGUGAUAAAAAUAUUGCUUUCCCUCUUUUAUCCAAAUUUAGAGAGUUGGUAGAUUUUGUCCUUCAUACCUCAGACAAUGGCUGGAAUUCUUCAAAGAAAUUAUCAACCUCUGGCCUUUACAACCUGAAAUUAAUGCCUUUCUAUUUUCUUUUUUUUCUUUUUUCUUUUUUCUUUUUUUUUCUUUUUUCCUUUUUCCUUUUUCCUUUUUUCUUUUUUCUUUUUUUUUUUUUUUUUUUUUUUGUGUUUAGCUAAUACAAGCAUGUACAUAGUUUUAUGUGCUUUGAGACUGAUAUGGUGAUUUAAGAGUCAGGACAAUAGAAUCAAUUUAAGGAUGUCUUCCUUCAGGUGCUGGUGGCAUUGUGUGUUUUCCCACACAAUCCAGGACAUACUUAACAUAUGCCAAGAUCUGGCUUUGAAGUCACUUGAUUGCCUUACUACAAAUCUGAAGCAAGUUGUGUUCUGCUGAAAGUGUGGACUGUAUUAGUGCAGGCUCCCAUGUGCCUUUCUCCUGUGAGUGAUCACUAGCCACUGAUUGUAAAACAAAUCAACUGAGUUUAUCAUAGCAGCCUUUAGGGUGUUCUUGAGCAGAAUAUAAAGCUUUUUUAUGGUAACUUGGGUUUUAUAGGUGUGGUGUCAAGAUCAGAUUCUGACAUGAGAGAUCUUUUCCCCAAAAAGUGUUAUCAUUGAGAAGUUAGGCCCAUAGAUACUGUUUUCUGCUCGUCAUCCUUUGCAUAUAAUUACAUUGCCUCCUUGUAUGGGACACAUUUGCAUAUAAGACUUUGACAUUUGAAAAAAGUGCAUCAGAAAAAAAUUCAAAUGUAUGUUUGUGAGAUGUGGUAACACCAAGUAUUUCCCUGGAGUGUCUAGCAGGUUAUCCUCUGGUGACAGGCUGUCAAUAAAAAUACGUUCUUAUUA